GACAGCGAAGGCAGAAACUGGUUACGUACACUCUCUUUCUCAACCGACAGGAGCUGUUUGGAAGUUCGAUCUAAGCGUGUUCAAGAAGCUUGAUCACUAUGGCUUCGAUACCAGUCAUCGUCAAGCACCAGGGCAAGCGCCAUGAGGUUGAGCUUGACCCGACCUCGAACGGCGAAACCUUCAAGUUCCAACUUUACUCCCUGACCGGUGUCGAGCCCGAACGGCAGAAGAUCUUGGUCAAAGGUGGCCAGCUGAAAGAUGACACCCCUUUGGCUAGUCUGAACGUGAAGCCAGGCCAGACGUUCAUGAUGAUGGGCACGCCCUCUGGAGGACAAGGAGCAUCCGAUCUAGGACGACCGAAGGAGGCAGUUAAAUUCCUGGAGGAUAUGACAGAGGCAGAAGCUGCAAAGGCGGACGGAGCUACUCCAGCCGGCCUUCAGAAUCUGGGAAACACUUGCUAUCUCAACUCCACUCUUCAAACUCUGAGAAGUGUCCCGGAGCUGGAGGAGGAGCUUCAGAAGUAUCGGCCUGCGCAGGAUGCGAUUGGCUCGUCUCGUCUUUCCGAUAUUAGCAGCUUCGGCCUCGGCGGUCUGGGUUCGAUGGAUCUGACAGCUUCUCUGCGGGAUCUGUUCAAGCAAAUGUCCGAGACGCAGGAGGGUAUCCCUCCCCUCAUGUUCCUCAAUGCCCUCCGAAACGCUUUUCCCCAGUUUGCCCAACAGGAUCGAAAUGGACACGGUUAUGCUCAACAAGACGCCGAGGAAGCCUGGUCACAGAUCGUGGCGCAGCUGCGGAACAACUUGAAGAUCAAAGACGGGAAGGGAGACGCGGCUGCUGAGGUGUCGUUCAUCGACCGGUAUCUUGCUGGGAAAUUCCAAUCAGUGAUUGAAUGUGAUGACCCGGCUGCCAAGGAGGUGGGAGAGGAACCAACGACCACUUCCGACGUUUUCUACAAGCUAGACUGCCAUAUCGGAAAGGAAACGAACCACCUGCGCGACGGUAUCAUGGCAGGCUUAGAGGAGAAGAUUGAGAAACAGUCCCCUACUCUAGACCGCAAUGCCAUCUAUACGAAGCAGUCGCGCAUUGCGCGGCUGCCCAAGUAUCUGACGGUGCACUUUGUCCGAUUCUUCUGGAAGCGCGAGACCCAGAAGAAGGCAAAGAUCAUGCGCAAGGUCACCUUCCCUGCUGAGCUGGACGCAGUGGAGUUCUGUUCAGAAGAGCUUCAGAAGCAGCUUAUCCCCGUGAGAGAUAAGGUGCGAGAGAUCCGCAAAGAUGAAUUGGAUGUCGAACGGGCGCGUAAGCGUCAGAAGCUGGCACGCCAGCACGAGGAGGAACCCGAGCAGGAAGCGAGCCUGGAGCCUAUGCAGAAGAAGAAAGCUGCGGAGGAACGCAAGGAGGCCAGCAAGAGCAAAGGCACCGAGAAAGACGGCGACGCCACGAUGACGGAUGUCCCCUUCAAGACUGACGCAGAGUACGAAGCCGAGAUGGCUGCAUCGAUCCAGGCCGCCAAGAAGGAACUGUUCGAGCUUGUUGACCAGAAGAUGGCCGCCGACGCCGGGGCCAACACCUCUGGUCUCUACGAGCUCAGGGGUGUGAUCACCCACCAAGGCGCCAGUGCCGACAGCGGACACUACACGGCGUACAUCAAGAAGCGAGGCAAGGCUGUCGAGGACCCCGCGCAGCCGGGCAAGAAGCGACGGGAAGAAGAGGAGGAGAAAUGGUGGUGGUUCAACGACGACAAAGUCACCGAGGUGGACGCAGAGAAGAUCGAGACUCUUGCGGGCGGUGGUGAAUCCCACUCCGCGUUGAUUUUGCUCUACCGUGCGAUCGACCUGCCCACCAUGGAAUAGGUACCUAGGUAGGGGUAGGCAUGUGUGCCGACAUUCAGCACAAGGAAUGAGAAGAACAUGAUAAUGUUAGACGAGUCUAGAUCAUGAAUAUAACACUGG